ACCGCCACCUCCGCCUGGCCGCGGCUCACCAGGCAGUGUUGUGGUGGACGCGGUGUGGAGAGCAUCCAUGUGAACGUUCGUCCCGCGCGCACUCACGCCCGCGCCCCGUGCUGGCCAAGCGACGCAUCUGUAGGCCUCUUGUGUAAUCAGAAAACAAACGGUCAUGUACCAGGUGUGGCGCACCUUUGGGAGGAGAUUUAUACAAUGUCGAUCUGUUGGCUUGUGAAUAGAUCGUAUGUGAUGAGGAUGGAUGAAUGAUGUGAACAUUUAUGUGAAAAGAAAAGUACUGUUUCGGUUAUGGAAACAGGUAAGUUGUGAGCUCAUUGUCAAAGAGCGUUACACACUCUCGGUAGUAAAGUGCCUUUGAGGCUUAACGAGGAAGAGAGCUGCUGGUCAUCAGCUGUCAGAAGUGCCACAGCCAGUUAUGUGGGGCCGCGGCACACCUAGCGGCCCUGGGACCCCUGGCCCUACGGUAGGAGGAGGCGAGGGCUCUCCUUCGGGCAGCAGGGCGUGGGUGGAGAAUUUCCGCGAGUGUGAGCCAAAUAAUCGCACGUGACCCGACGUGCCCCCGCCCACGAUGACGCUCAUCGUGCCCCCAGGGGAGGACCUCUUCGCCUCCGAUGGGGACAGUGGGUGUCUGGGCAGCUCCCCAGACGAGGGGGGGGAGGGAGGCCUGCAUGUCAGUGAAAGCUCGCAGGUAUUCCUCAAGAAGGAACUGAAGCGAGUCUCGCUGACAGAUGAAGUGCCUACUGCCCCGAAUGGACACGAUGUGCCCGUAACCACAGACGGGGAGGACGCGUCCCCUCCCCCUAAGGGCCAGGCCACGCCCCCCACCCGAGAAGGGAAGGAUACUAAUGGUGUAAAAAGUGAUAGCGAAAAUGUGCAAUACCAAAGCCGUGUGUACAAUGGAUCGUGCCACAAUCAGGACGGAAGUUGCGUGCGUGAUAACGAACACAAGGUAAUAAAAGUGGGCGUGGAGGGCACAUGCCCGCCCACGCCUCGCCCGGUGGUAUACGAGUCCCGUGUGAGCCUGGACGCUGCCCCUCAGUGCGCAAAUGGUGACCCCAGGUCGAAGCUGGAGGGGCCCGCGUUAGUGUCGGUGCCCAAGGUCCUCGUUGCCUCCCAGGUGAACUCGUGUCAGGAGCAGGGCGCGCCUGACGCGUGCAUUCCUCUCGCAAGCCAAACAAAUGUGUCUGUGAUGCAGCUGGCCCUGCCCGCCUCCAGCCCCGACGCCAUAGCCAGUGGCGACGUCGCCGAAGUCAAAGCCCGAGAUCUGUCAGGGAAGCUGGAGGGAAGUGACGGCGUCGGGGAAGAGGGCGCGGCAAGGCCUUCCGGUGUCGGCGGCGGUGAUAAAACCAGUGAUAAAGCUAGUGAUGUAAGAGGGGGGCAAGACAGUGCUAAGAGUGACUCGCCCAGUGAUUUAGGUGGUGAGAAUGGCAAAGGAGAAAUUAGCUCGGAAAAUAAAGAGAAAAACAAUAACUAUUCUGGCACAAGUGACUUCACGAAAAUACAAGACUGUGUAAAUAUCGGAGAAAUCUCUGAAGCCAAAUGCAAGCGUUAUAGUUCUGACGAGCAACAGUCAUCCCCGAAGGCAAACAGGAAAGAUAUCGACAUUCACGCAGCCAAGCAGAAAAUAAAUCUCCUGCGACAGAACUUCCUCUCGUCGCUUUCCUCAGACGAUGGCAGUGACACCGCUGAUCCCCUCCUCUCCUCGCCCCCCGCUGGCCCCACCACCCCCAGCCAGGGGGAGGAACCAGAAGGGAGGGUUUGCUCCAAGAAGGGAGCGUCGGCGCCCUCUGAGACAAGGGUCGAGCCAGCUGAUGAGCGACCAGCUGGCAGCGUGGAUGCCGCCCAGCAGGAACGGGAGGGAAGCACACCGGAAGAGGCCGCAGGUGACAGCUACUGCGUCCCUGCGGACAACGAAGCCCAUCGCGCUGACCCCGCCGUCCCGCCGUGUGAACCUGCUCUCGUCUCUGAAGAGGUCGCUUGCUCGCGGGUCGUCGGAGAGCACAGUGCCACGACGACGAAGGGCCAGGGGGACCCUGCGACGACUCCCGAGGACGGAGACGUACGCAGAAGUGCGGGUCAUAAUACUGAGAGCGAGACGGUUCCUAGCUCUGCGUGGAUGGGCCCCAAGUGCGGUAAGGGGAUCACCGAGUGUGAUAUUACACCCGGGACAAACCUGGAAGGUGGAACCACGGUAGACUCCACCGCUGUGGUCAACCUCCACCCCCAUUCGGCCCAACUGCCACCAACGCCGCCCUCUUCCCCUCCCGGGGAGAAGUCCCACACUCGGCCGCCAUGCGUGAAAGGUCACUCUGCAAACUUAGUAAACAAGUUGAUGUACGAGUCCAGUAAGCAUCGGCGCGGAAACGAAGGUGAACAGACGAAGGAGGAGGUGAUGGUGUCAUCCUGCCCUAGCAUUUUGCAGACGCCCCCCCAUGUGGGAGGAGGCGAGGAGGCGGCCCGGCGGGCGGGGAGUGAGUGCGAGAGUCAACCCGCGCCCCCCCUGCCAGCACUUCCACUCGCGCAACCGCCUCGACAACAUGGAAAUCCACACGUGCAGCGCCCCUCCGCCAACGCUCAUUGCGGAACGCAGGACCAGUUGUGUCACCAGCUCGCACUGUCACCCGGAGGAGGCGCGGGGGAGGACCGCACCCAAGGCGCCCACCACCUCUCUCCACCUCUCCGGAGGGACGCGGGGGACCUGCAGGAGGAGAAGCACCAAGGGGGCCUCCUGGUGGCACUGACGGGGGAAGCUCCUUGCUGCGGCACUUACGACGUCAGGCUGACGCCCGGCCACGCUAGGUUAGCAGGACGUUGCGGCAUAGAACAGUGCCAUUCUCGGCAGUGCUGUGUGGCGGCAGACAGUGCCGCAGUGACCAGCACCGGGCACUGCGCGAAACAGUGCGUCCAGAUCGAGUCCGACCCUCGCGGCGAGAGGCAGCCCUCCUGCGCCUGCCCGAGACCAGGGCUGAGAACUACCUCAUUAGGCCCCAAGCAGAACUUCGUGGCCUCGUGUGGCUCGCGGCGGUGCAGCGGGUGCGACCGGUGCAGUGCCAGUGACAGUGAGAAUGCGCUGGAGAGCCCCUCGUGCUGCAACGAGAUCUCGUGUCUCCAUUACCUCAACCUUGAGCCCGGAGAUUUGUUAGACAGUGACGCAGAAUAUGAUAUCGAACGAAAAAACAGACUGAGAGCAGCGUGUGAGGACAUCGCGCGGGCACUCAACACCCUUCCACCCCCGCAGCCUCCGGACUACCCCCCGCCACCCAGGGACGUCUCCAGCUUCUCCAGGAGCCACGCGCCGGCCCCUCAGUAUCGAGACCAGCAAGUGGAGGCUCACCUCUCCGAUUCGGAGGACCUGCAGGGUGUCGACAGCCUCCAUGUGCACAUGAGGAGCCGUGGCACUAGCACGGCGUCCGAUGAGGAGCGACGGAGCAGCGUGUACGACAACUGCGGCAUGGACGGGGGCAUGUGUGAGUGUGGCCAAUGUCACGCCAGCGACGUAGAAGACUACACGCGCGUCUCUCCGCGUCUCCCCGCCAGCGCCCGCAAGCGGAAUCGUGGCCGCAAGGAAACGGACCGCUCCAGCUGCGGCAGUGAGCGGGAGGCGAGUGACCGCGAGCUCGAGGACGAGGGUUUCCGAACGGACGCCGGGGAAGGGUGUCGCACGGACGAGUUUGAAGUGUGCACAACGUCUGACGACAACGAUUACGACGACGAUUACUGUCAGACGGACGACUGCGGAGAGGAGUGCGACUACUGCAGUGGCGAUGACGCCGAGGAUGAGGACGAGGGCACGUGCUACAUGUGCAAGCAGAGCCAGCUCAUAUCCCCCGCGUGCAAGCAUCCGGGCGUCAUAACGAAUGGAAUCCUCAAGUCCCUGAGCGGGCGGAGGGCGAGCGAGAAGGAGGCAGUGCGCGUGCCCCGACAGAGGUCGCUGGCGCUCCAGGCCGCCAUUCACCGGCGCCAGCUCACGCGGCAGGGGCUCGGCGCCAUCCGGGAGUCAAGCAUCACCAGUGACGAGUUGGCCGAGUCGGAGGAGGAGCGCUCCUACGAUGGCAGCAACUGUGACAUCUCCAGCAGCUGGAGGUUCGGGCUGUGCCGUGACGUGACUGCCUCCAGGGACUCCACGCUGCGCAGCGUCAGGAGCGAGAGAAGCUCGGCCUCCCUUCCGUUCGACAAGUCCAGACAGAGACAUAAAGAGAAGUCGAACUCCCUCCCCGGCGCCAACUCUCGCGGUCUGGCCGGGGACGCGUCCGGCCGGUCCCUGGGGGCUGGGGUCACGCCCCUUCGGCAGGCAUCCACUUCGGACGACGAAUCUGGCUCGCACAGUUCCCUGCCUCGUCUGCCGCCGCGUCCCCCACGGGCUCCCCGCAUGCGCCCCCCCCUUACGCCCAGCCCGCCUGCGGCAGGUGCAGGAAUGCCACCCCCAUCGCCCAACAGCCCACGGCCUGCCAUGGGGCUGCAGGGGCUGCAGCAGCAGCGCUCGCCGGGAACCCCGCGGGCCCUGCACGCAUCGGGCCUCCCUGUGGCUCCCAGGACCGUCGCCCCCCGCAGCCCCAGCAACCCCAACCCCCCGUACGGCUUCCCUGGGACGGGCAGUGGCACAGCCUUGCUGUGUCCCGGCAGUCCGAGUCUGACGGGGCACCACUCCACGCCCUCCCCCGCGGGCUCCGAGGGCGCGCCCGCUUCCCCCAGAAUCAGCAGUCGGGCGGGGGCGCUCGUCACCCGCAACUUCUCCAUCAGCGACGACGAGAGCGGGGGGCGGUGGGCGGGUGGGCGGCGCCACGUGACCAUCACCCGCCACGAGAGCGUGUACCGGGAGGUGGCCGAGAAGGGCUACCACCUCCCCCCGGGCUCCCCUGUCGACCCCUACUGGCUUACCUGGAAGCUAGGUGUGCUGCAGAAGACAGUGGAGGAGGUGAGCGGACGUCUGGAGGAAGCGCAGAAGACAGUAGACACCUGGGGCGCAGUUCCUCAAGAUCCUAACCUCGCUGACCAACACGUCCACAACGUCAGGAAAUUCCGUGAAGGAUUAGCAGAACUGCAACGUGGUGUCGAUGAUGUCAACGACCAAGCAGCCCGCUUCUCAGCCCACAAUGUGCCACUCACCCCUGCAAACUCUGCCAAACUGCACGACCUCAAUAAUAGAUGGAAGACAUUGGAGACAACAGUUAAUGACAGGUGGCGACAGGUGGCUGGCAGGUCAAGGGAGGUCACGCCACUCACUCCUGCCCAGCUGGCGUCAUCAGUGUCCCCACCUUGGGAGAGGGCAACCACUAGCAACAAAGUGCCUUAUUACAUCAACCAUGACCAGGAGAGCACCCACUGGGAUCAUCCUACCAUGAUGGACUUGCUAGAUUCCCUGACAGAGUUUAAUCAUAUCAAAUUCUCAGCUUACCGCACAGCAACAAAGCUGCGAAUGCUGCAGAAGACUCUAGCUUUGGAUCGUGCUAAAAUGCAAAUGGCAACAGAUGUAUUUGAUGAGCAUGGUUUAAGAGGCCAGAAUGAUCGGCUGAUUGAUGUAGGUGACAUGGUGGUGGUGCUCUCGGCCUUGUAUGCCAAUAUAUCUGCGGACCAUCCAGAAGUCAACACCACUCUGGCCAUGGACUUGUGUCUCAACUGGUUACUCAAUGUUUACGAUAGCCAGAGGACAGGGCAAAUGCGAGUUCUCUCAUUCAAGAUAGGAAUUGUUUGCCUCUGCAGAGGACAUCUAGAGGAAAAAUAUAGAUAUAUGUUCCGAUUGAUUGCUGAUCCUAACCGUUUAGUGGAUCAAAGGAAACUUGGGCUCCUCCUGCAUGACUGUGUGCAAGUUCCUCGGCAACUGGGAGAGGUUGCAGCCUUUGGUGGAUCAAACAUCGAGCCAUCUGUUCGUAGCUGCUUUACCAAGGCUGGCAAGGAUAGAGAAACAAUUGAGGCUGUACACUUCCUAACAUGGGUACAGCAAGAACCACAGUCCCUUGUGUGGUUAGCUGUUUUGCACCGAGUAGCUGCCUCUGAGAACAUUCAGCAUCAGGUGAAGUGCAACAUCUGUAAGGCUUAUCCAAUUGUAGGCCUGCGCUACCGUUGCCUCAAGUGCCUCAGCUUUGACAUGUGUCAGAGGUGUUUCUUUGAUGGUCGCAGUGGGAAGAGCCACAAGAUCACUCACCCCAUGCAUGAGUAUUGUACAGCUACAACAGCUGGUGAAGAUGUCAAGGACUUCACAAAAGCUUUGAAGAAUAAAUUCAAGUCAAAACGUGCUUUGCAAAAGCACACAAAGAAGGGAUACUUACCAGUGCAGACUGUACUAGAGGGAGAUCCUUUAGAAUCCCCAUCACCGUCCCCACAGCAUAACGUCACUAGCCAGGACAUGCACUCAAGACUUGAGCUCUAUGCUUCUCGCUUGGCUGAAGUGGAAUUGCGAACAAAUUCUAACUCUACUCCUGACAGAUCUCUUGUCUCCUCUCUUAGCGAGGACGAACAUGGGCUUAUUGCCCAGUACUGCCAGUCACUAAGUUCUUCGGAUGCUCCACUGCCGGUACCACGCUCACCCCUGCAGAUCAUGGCAGCUGUUGAUGCUGAGCAGAAGGAUGAACUUGAACAAAUGAUCAGGGCCCUCGAGGAAGAAAAUAGUCAGCUUCAGGCUGAGUAUGAUCGUUUGAAGUCACAACAGCCUGUAGGUUCCCCGCCUGAUGAUGGCCUCUCAGGACAGCGUUCUGAAGCAGACAUGUUGGCAGAGGCUAAGUUGCUCCGUCAACACAAGGGACGACUAGAAGCUCGAAUGGGUAUCCUGGAAGAACACAAUAGGCAACUAGAGGCACAGCUUCAUCGACUACGACAGUUGUUAGGCGAGCCUGGUGGAAUGAGCUCACCAAACAAGUCAGGAACUCUACAGACCAAGUCAGUCACUGCUAGUCAACUGGCCAUGGAUUCUCCUGCCAAAGUCAAUGGACAUUCUAACCAAGGGGGUGCCAGCAGUGCUUACGAAGGGUUAGACCAAAUGAGCGAAUAUGUACGACCGCCACCACCCCCAAUGGGCAGUGUUGCUCAUGUGGGCAACCUCUUCUCACGUGCAGGCGACCUGGGGAAAGCGGUUGGCACUCUGGUGGCCACAAUGACCCACGAGGGGGCGAGCGACUUGCCUAGCGAUGAGGAGGAAAGAUCUGAAGCCUCAGACACUGAAGAAGAGAAGGCUGUGUAACUCCUGCUGUGCAGCUCAACCCCUCGCCUGUGGCAGGGUGUAGACAGCAGCAGCAUCAGCUAGCAGCUCUUAUCUUGGCAGCAGUGAAGAUGUUCAAUGCUCCACAUCCUGCAGUUGGAAAUUUUUACUUGGGCAAUUAGGAUAUUUGUAAUGUUAAUUGUUUGAGGCAGAUGACAUGCUAGGUUCUCUCACAUCAUCUCUCUUACAUCCAUAUCAGUUUUUAUACGACCUUGGUAGAUUAUUGUGUACAUCACCUCAAGGAUGAGAGGGAGACUAGCGGGUUUGCUGCUCAUUUUGCUUAUGCACAACUCAGAGGAUAAGUGAAAUUUUUCUGUUAAACUGGGUAUAUUUCAUGACUACAUAUGACCCAUUUUUAUGUUAAUAUUUACUAAAUAUAAUAUAUAACUAGCAGUGUAUGCCUGAAUCAAAAGACAGGAUUCGGUUUUGAAGUACGUGUUAGGCAAAUGAAAUGUAUAGAUAUGUAUUAUAUAAAGAAUAAAAAUUACCAAUUCUCAGCUUACAUAUAAAACAAGUAUAAGCGUUGUAGUCAUGUGUCAAUGGUGCAAAGAAGAAUACCCUCAAUGUGAUACCCCAGUUUUGAAGUUGAAGUGUCAUUAUUCUAUGCCAAUUUUGAUUUUAAUUUCUUUUUAGUUCUUAUUCUUAAAAGUUUGUAUUGUAGUAAAGGGCUCUUGUUCAAAUUGAUUAGAGCAGUUCUUCAAAUUUUUAAAUCAGCCUUUAUUGCUGACUCAAGUGACCAUAUGUGUACAUAUCAUAAUUCAUAAAGUUAUAUCAAAGUCACAUAUUGCUAUAGAUAUAGUUUUUAUGAACCUGUUUUCCAGUUGUUAUGUCUCGCUUGUCAUUUAAUUACAUGGAUGCCUUAUUUCUUAUUUGUGGCUAUUAUGUAAGAAGGCAGUUAGCUAACUUUUGAGUACUCUCCUAACUUGCUGCAAUUUGAGUUGUACCUUUGGUUUGAAGUGGAAAAAUCAAGGUCAGGUUGUUUGCUCCUUAUUCUAUUCUUAAUAUUUGACCAUUGCUUAGAAUUAACUAAUAAAAAGUGGCUAUGAUGUUGAAAA